CUUACACGUACAUGCUAAACUCAUCACACCCAUCAUAAGCUUCUCUCACCUCCAAACAUGUCAACACCUCUAGCCACAGUUGGCAUUCUCUCCAUUGGCUCUAUGGGCCUUGGGAUAACUAAACUCCUCGUCGCAAACAACUAUCUAGUUCUCACCAAUGUCUCAAACAGGAGCCCCGCGACUCAAACACGUGCUCAGUCCGCCCAGCUCGGCUUGGUCAACACUGACGCGGAGCUUGUAACUCGAUGCGACUAUAUACUUUCAAUUGUGCCACCGCGCGACGCUAUAGCAACCGCUCGCCGUAUCAUCGAUGCACUGAACAGCACGCCACCUGCCAGGCUCUCCACCGCGAGCCCGCUCUACUACCUCGAUCUGAAUGCGAUAAGCCCGUCGACCGCCUCCACCAUCGACAAGGCCUUCAAAAAAAACACCUCAAACGUACGCUUCAUAGACGGCGGCAUCAUCGGCGGCCCGCCCACGCAAUCUCCAGAAGGGACCUGGAAGAACCCAGGCAUCCCUCUCUCUGGCCCAUACACCCUUAAGUCCGCAAAUCCCAGCGGCGCACAUCUCGCCGAAACGCUCAACACCAGCUAUAUCGAUGCCAACAUCGGCUCUGCGUCAGGUCUGAAGUGCUGUUUCGCAUCCCUAUCUAAAGGCAUGAUUGCAAUAUCCCUGCAAGCCUUUAGCACGGCCUCCUCGCUUAACGUGCUCCCCCACCUACAAUCCUACCUGGAAAUCUACAACCCGCGAGCCGCAGAGACCGUGGGGAGGGGCAUUGUCAACUGCCCUCCGAAAGCGUAUCGCUGGAUAGAGGAGAUGCGGCACAUUGGGGAGUGUUUUGAGGUUGAGGGCGGUUGGCCUGGGCAAGCGAGGGUUUUUAGAGAGAUUGCGGGUGUGUAUGAGGCGUUGGCGAGGGUUGUGGAGGCCAGGAAUGGUACUGAGGGCAUGGGAGAUGUGGACGGGACUAUUGGUGCUUUGCAGGAUGAGUUGAAAGGGAGGCAGAGGAAGAGGAGGAUGAGCGUUGAGUUGGAGCAGGAUGAUCAGUAGAGGGAGCGUGAUGGUAUAUGUGCACCUAUAUUGGGAUAUCACUCUUUGCAAUUUAAGCAUAUACAAAAGUUAUUUAUCC